GCGGGGCUAGUAGCUCCUCCCUCUGCUGUGUUUCGACUCCGCCCCUCGCCCCUCCCGCCAUUCGCCUCAGACUCUCUCGCCGGGACUGAGGCGAGGCUAGCCUGGGUGCCGCGGCCAUGGGCGAGCCUCCCGCUCCUUCCGCUUCGCCGCCUCCGGGCUCGGUGCUGUGCCGGCUGCAGUACCUGGAGGACGGGGACCCCUUCUCGUGCGCCGCCUUCCCGGAGCCGCGCCGCCCGCCCGCCCAGCCCGUCGCCGAGGCGCUGCCGCUCGCCGCCCAGCUGCCCGCCUUCCACCGCCUUCUCGACGCCCCGCUCCCGCUGGAGGACUGCACCUUGCAAGUCUUGCCUUCUGGGCACUACCUGGACCUGGAGCUUUCCCUGCUGGAGCAGAAAGAUGAGCUGGAAGGGUUCUAUGAAGAAAUCAGCAAAGGGAGACGGCCUAUCCUGCUUCUCCGCACACAGCUCUCUGUCCGAGUCCAGGCCAUCCUGGAGAAGCUCUACAGGUCGAAGGGCCCUGAACUGAGGCGCUCCCUCUUCUCACUGAAGCAGCUUUUCCAGGAGGAUAAGGACCUGGUGCCUGAGUUUGUGAAUUCAGAAGGGCUGACGUGUCUCAUCACAGUGGGAGCUGAGGCUGACCAGAAUUACCAGAACUAUAUCCUCAGGGCUCUCAGCCAGAUCGUGCUCUUUGUGGAUGGGAUGAUGGGGGUGAUAAACCACAACGAGACAGUGCAGUGGCUGUACACGCUGUGCGGGAGCUUGUACCGCCUGGUGGUGAAGACGGCUCUGAAGCUGCUGCUGGUCUUUGUGGAGUUCACGGAAUCCAAUGCCCAGCUGCUUGUCCAGGCCGUCAUAGCAGCAGAGCAGGUCAGAGGUGGUUUUCCGUGGUCUCCCAUCGUGGCAAUCCUGGAACAGAAGAAUGGAGCUGACACGGAGCUUCAGGUGUUCGCCAUGACACUCAUCAACAAGACCCUGGCUGCCCUCCCUGACCAGGAUUCCUUCUAUGAUGUGACAGACUGCUUGGAGCAGCAGGGCAUGGAAAGCAUCAUCCAGCAGCACAUGACCAACAAGGCUACUGACCUGGACUUGAAGCAGCAGCUGGUUAUCUACGAGAAUGCCCUCAAGUAUGAAGAUGGUGUGGAAGAGCCUCCCCCUGGAACACGCAAGGAGCGGAGGAAAGGGGAAGAGGGCAGGAAGGGGCAACGACGCUCCCUGGGCUACAUCCUGGCCCAGGAGGAGGGCCAAGGGUCUCGACCUGCAGAGAACUUCCAGCCCAGUCCUGCAGAGGCUCCCAGCCUGGACAGAGAGAGCAGCCAAGACAGGCCUGCCUUCAAGAGCAUGUACAGCAGCGCAUCCAGCGUCCAGCUUUCCACACCAUCCGUUCCUGUGGAAGGAGAGCAGAGUGGCAGCCUGGGCGAGAGGAGCAUUUUCAAACUUCACGAAACUUCCCCUGCUUGGCAAGAGGAAAGCCCCUCAGUAUGUGGGGACAAGCCUAUUCUGAGGCGCUUUGAAGCACGCUUCCUGGAAAAUCUUGCUGCUUCCCAGAAAGAGAAGUUGGUUGCAAUCUCCAAGGGGCGAGCCGAGGUCCUUGCUGAAGCUACUCCCAGCACUGAGCAGCUCUCCCCAGGGAGGUGGCGUGAAGGACAGGAGAGAAACGGUGAUGGAACAGAGCUCAGCUCUGCAUUGGCCUUGGCUGGCUUUGAAGGCGAAGAGGCCAGGGAGAGCCUGCCAGGCGAGGGGCCCUCCAGCAGCAGCCCUGGGCUGGGUCCCAAUUGCACCCCAAGCCCAGAAAGCCCAGUUCCGCUGUGUGAUGGAGAAGAUCCCCGCAGCCACCCUGUGCCUGGAAAGAAGCUCAACCUUGACACACUGUUCUCCAAUAACAGCCCUGCAAGGCUGGAAGGUGUGAUUCUUGCCCCAGCAGAAGAGUUCCAGGCAGACGCCGGGAGUGAAGAAGGCAGCCCACAGAGCAAUGGGAAACAGGGCAGCCCCUCCAACCUGCAGGCCCGGCCAUUGCGGGCUCAGUUCAGCCUUGAGGCAGAAGCCAGCCUGCAGAGCCUGGAGAGGACUUUCAUGACUCCCUACAGGAAGGGAGCAGAGGUGAUGCGAGGGCCCCUGGAGCUCAGCCCCAAGCACCUGAAGAUCAGAGAUUUGGACUUCUCUGACCUGGGUGAGGAGGAAGACUUUGAUAUCCUAGAAACAGAGACUGUGCCUGACCAUGUGGUUGUGGCUGCCAGUGGGGCUCCGGCCCCUCCACCCCUCCCUCCCAGCUGCCCUCCACCCCCACCAGGCUGUGCCUUUCCCCCUCCCCCUCCCCCACCCCCACCAGGCUGUGCCUUUCCCCCACCUCCUCCACCCCCACCAGGCUGUCCUCCUCCAGGCUUGGUGGGCUCCUCCAGGGAAGAUGCCCACUCCCCAGCAAAGAAGAAGAAAACUAUUAAGCUCUUCUGGAGGGAGCUAAAGAACGUGGACAGCUCUGCCAGGCGGGAAGGAAGAGGAGACCCCUUUGGGCCAGCCACUCUGUGGGCAUCUCUGGAGAAGGUGGAGGUCGACACCACCAAGAUGGAACAUCUCUUUGAGUCCAAGACGAAGGAGGUGCUGAGCUCGAAGAAAGCUGUUGAUGGGAAGAAGCUAAUUGUGGUCUUGGAUCCCAAGAGGAGCAAUGCCAUCAACAUCGGCUUGACAGCGCUGCCUCCCGUACACAUCAUCAAGACGGCAAUUGUCAACUUCGAUGAAUUUGCAAUUAACAAGGAAGGGAUUGAGAAAAUCUUGACUAUGGUUCCAACUGAGGAGGAGAAGCAGAAGAUCCAGGAAGCACAGAUGGCCAAUCCCGAUGUGCCUCUGGGUUCAGCUGAGCAGUUCCUCCUCGCUCUCUCCUCCAUCACUGAGCUCACUGCCCGGCUUCAGCUGUGGGCUUUCAAGCUGGACUAUGAGGCCAUGGAGCAGGAAAUUGCAGAGCCGCUUUUUGAUCUGAAACUUGGGAUGCAGCAACUGGCCAAAAACCAAACCUUCAAGUGUAUCCUUGCCACCCUCCUGGCCAUGGGCAACUUCCUGAAUGGAUCCCAGAGCCAAGGGUUUGAGCUGAGCUACCUGGCCAAGGUAUCAGAGGUGAAGGACACAGUGCACCGACAGACCCUGCUCCACCACCUGUGCCACUUCGUGGUGGAGAAGUUCCCGGACACGACGGACCUCUACUCAGAGAUCGCUGCUAUCACUCGCUCAGCCAAGGUGGACUUUGAUGCGCUGGCAGAAAGCCUCCUGCAGCUGGAGCGACGGUGCAGAGUGUCCUGGGAGAGCCUGAAGGCCAUCACAAAGCACGACACCAAGCCGGCCCUAAAGAGCAAACUGAUGGACUUCCUUCACUCCAGCACCCAGAAGAUCGUCAUCCUCAAGGUGGUCCACCGACGCAUGUUAAACAGGUUCCGCUCCUUUCUGCUGUACUUGGGCUAUGAUCUACGCUUGGCACAGGAGGCAAAGGUCACGGGGUUCUGCCGGACCCUGCGGGAGUUUGCCCUGGAGUACCGCACCUGCCGGGAGCGAGUUCUGCAGCAGCAGAAGAAACGGGCAGUAUAUCGCGAAAGGAACAAGACCCGCGGCAGGAUGAUCACCGAGAUGGAGAGGUUUGCUACCGCCAGCAAGCCCGAAGACAGUCCCGCCCCCGCUGUGCUCUCGGCCAGCCCCGAACAGAAGGACGAAGCUGGCCACAAAAGCAUGGCCACAGUGCUUAUGUCCACUCCAGAGCCAUCUGGCCGCCGCUCCCGAGCCAGCAGAGGUUUUGGGAAGAUCAGCCCCGCCAGCGUGACCCCUCCUGAGGACGAUGCCUCUGGCUCUCCUGAGGAUGCCUCUGAAGAAAUCAUGGACCGCCUGGUGAAGUCUGUCACCCAGAGCACUCCUCCCCGGCCAGGUGCAGGGAAGGAGCGCAAGCGCUCACGUGGGAACCGGAAAUCCCUGAGGCGCACCCUGAAGAACGGCCUCAGCGACGAACUUGUCCAGGCUUUGGGCCUGGCGCAGGCGGCUGGAGUAGCUGUGUGAUGGCGAAGAGGGCCCAUGGCCUUGGAGGAGAUUCUGAGGUAGAGCAGACUGCCCAUCGGCUGGAGGAAGCUGGGGCUGGCCACUGCUUGUGUGUCCAGCAGAGCCCUGUGAUACCUGCACAGUUCUACGUGAGAGAUGCUCAUCACCAGAUUUGCCUCGAGUGGAACCUUGCCAGCGUGUUUAGCUUUUGUCACUCCCUGAAGCCAGCCCCCUCACCUUCCCCGGACUGUGGUGCAGCUGGGGGGGGCAGUGCUGGCCAUGCUGUGCAAAGACUUUCCCAGAGUGUGGGGGAGGGACCCCACCUGCCUAGAAAAGUAUUAUAUAUAUAUUGUGUGUGUGUGUGUGUGUGUGUGUGUGUGUGUGUGUGUGUGUGUUGUGUUUAGACUGUUUCCGUCCAGUUCCUGAUUGAGGGGCAUGGCUCAGGAACGAGAGAGUUGGCUACCUGGCUGCUGGGAGCCAGCUGGCUCCAAAUCAAUUAGCCUCUCUCUCUCCUGGGACUUCUCCUACUUAGCAGGUCAAAUAGUCCACAGCCCUUCUGCAAGCCUGGCCGCUCCUGACUGUGAGAUGGAGCCAACUCCCUGGGCAGCCCUGAGCCCAGUGAGCCUUGGGACAAGCUCUUCCUGAUGCCCCCCCCCUGCAAAGACAGGCUCUGCUGGCCUGUGUUUGUCUGCAGCAGAGUCGCUCGCAUCCCCUGUGUGAUAAACUCCCAGCAGUCCCAACGCGAGGGUCCGUUCUGGGCAGCCGGAGAGCUAAGUGAGCAGAGGGGACAUUUGGGCACCUCCCGCUGCCAUCCAGGUACAAUCCUGAACAAGGGUUUAUAAAGCUGGCAGCCAGCUUCCCUGUUGCAUAGAGCUCCUAAUCAGUGGUUGGCUGGUGUUCAAAUGAAUAAUGAGAAAUAAAGGCUGUUACAAUUCAGGCUGA